AUCAAUUUCAAUUUUUAACACCUAAAAACUCCUCUGUCUCUCUGUAUCUCUGUAUCUCUCUCUCGCUCUCUCUCUCAACUGUUCAUGUCUACGGAUCAAACCCCAUGAAUCAGGGCUCAAAACCCUGAUUCGACGGCCGGAUUUCCAUCCCAUUGGAAUCUUCUCAUAAAUUCCACUCAAUCCCUCUCCUCUCCUCGAUUUCGUUCUCUCUCUCUCUCUCUCUCUCUCUCUCUCUCUCUCUCUCCCUUUUCUGGUUGGAGGAAUUUCUACAUAUGAAGGAUCCAUUCGGCCGCACGAAACUAGUGCUGCGGCACUUGCCGCCCUCGAUUUCUCAGUCGGCGCUGACGGGGCAAAUCGACUCCCGGUUCGCGGGCCGCUACAAGUGGUUCUUUUUUCGCCCUGGCAAGAACAGUCAGAAGAAUCAGAGAUAUUCUCGAGCUUAUAUCGAUUUCCAGAGGCUGGAAGAUGUGGUCGAGUUUGCGGAGUUCUUUGAUGGGCACGUGUUUGUUAAUGAGAAGGGUUCCCAAUAUACGACUAUUGUAGAAUAUGCACCAUCUCAACGCGUUCCAAAACCAUGGGCUAAAAAAGAUGGCCGUGAAGGGACCAUAUUCAAAGAUCCUGAAUAUUUGGAGUUCCUUGAUCUUCUUGCGAAGCCUGUUGAGAAUCUUCCUAGUGCAGAGAUACAACUAGAAAGAAGAGAAGCAGAACGAGCUGGUGCACCAAAGGAAACUGUCGUUGUUACCCCUCUGAUGGAUUUUGUUCGACAAAAAAGAGCUGCUAAGAGUGGAUCUCAGAGACCAUCAGCUAAUGGGAAGCUUAGUAGAAGAGCUGGAGGAGCUGCUGGCAAUUCUAGUUCAGCUUCCACCAGACGGAGUUCUGAGAAGCGAAGGGUUUCCACAUCAGUGUAUGUUUUAAGGGACAGCAGUAUUAAGAAUGCAAGCAGCAAGGAGAAGCCAACUUACCUUUUAGUGCCAAGGCGAGAUGAGCAGCAAGUUUCAGAUAAAUCCACUUCGUUAGCUGCUGCAACUGAAACAGAAACAUUAGAAGACGAAACCGUCCCUGUCACUGAUGGAACUACUUCUGGAACAUCUGGAUCCAUUGAAACUGGAAAGAGAAAAGUCAUCCUUUUGAAAGGGAAAGUGAGAGAAGUUUCUCAUGCAUCUGCUGCUCUUUCGCAGCAGCAGCAGCAGCAUCUAACGUCUCCAGUGAGAAACUCAACAGGUUCAACUGCUUUCAAACAGAACCAGCGACGUGAGGCUAGUGGAAGGAUAAUCAGAAGCAUACUCUCAAAUAAGGAGGCUCGCCAGAAUCAAUCACCUAUGGCGCUGGUCCACUCUGAGCAGCAUUCGCAGACACUGAAUUUAGAGAAGGAAAAGCGUCCACCUCGGCCAACCUACACACGUUCUGUGUUGAAGGAUCAUAUAUCUAGUAUUGCAGGUCUCCCUGAUUGUGAAGCCCAAAGGGGUGUAGUAGAUGAUAAGUUUGUUAGUAAUGAUCUGCAUACCUCUAUAUCCACCACUGAUAAGCAAGAUAGACGCACAAGAAAUAAGGAUAGACCUGAUCGUGGUGUUUGGACUCUUCGUCGUUCAGAUGGGCUGCAUACCAGUGAUGAAUCCCUGUCUUCGUCCUCUCUGCCUGCACAGCUGCUCGCAGAUUCUUUGGAAGGCAUGUCUGUUUCUCAACAUGUUGCCUCUGGUAUUAGUAAACAUGGGGAUAUAGUGGCAGAGACAGAGAGUAGCAAUAAUUCAUCCUCAGUUGGUGGGAGGCCUUGGAGUCUGGAUGUGGGGUUUAAUAGUUCUCGGCUAGGACGUGGUAGUAAUUCACAGUUUUCAUAUGAUCUUCCAUCAAGUCAUGGAGAAACGAAAGUUGAUGGUGUAGGCAGGAGUGCAGACAUUAAAAACAUUGGUAGUGGGCGCAGCAUUAUUUCUUCUAUGGAGAAUGGUUCCCAUAGACAUGGUGGACGGCGUGGCUCAGCACAUGGAUUGAAGGAAGUUGAUAAUCUCUCCGAGGGAAAGCUUUCCAAGAGAGGAGGCGCUAUUGGAUAUGGUUCCUAUGAGAAACAAGUAUGGGUUCAGAAGUCAGGUUCUGGUUCUUAAUAUUCCAAAAUUGUCAAUCCUGCUGUGGUUUACCUCCUGCAAUUGCGAUAUUUCAUUCUUGAAGGGAUGGAGCUGUGAUUCGAAGGGCAGCGCGAAUCUCUUGUUACUAAAGUAAAUGAUUGGAUAUAUCAGUGGACGAAGUUACUUAAAGAGGGUAAAUUGAUCUGAAGGACAGGUGUCGGUGUUUUGCCUACAUGGAUUGGAAAGGUCCAAACCUUCUCCGGACAGAACAGGAUAACAAGAAUACUAGAUGGAUAGAAUAUGACACUUGGCACAGAUUUUAACUGAGGCACCCCUCUGGCGAUUUUCAGUGGAAGGAUUCUGGAUUUCUUAUCAGGUGAUGCAAGAUAAAAGCAAGCCCGACAACUCUUGCUGACCACUCAAAACUGGGUUUUGAGGCAUACUGGUUUUUGGAUCAAUUUGUUUAGAAAAACUGUAAACGUAGUCGAAGAACAGUUGGGGCUGCUUUACCCACUGUCUAUAUAGAUCUAGGUUGGGAAGCCAUAUGUGAUGGCUGAGAACUCAUUAGUCCAGGUAAAUAAGAUUUGUUUUUUAACUGGGUAGAUGAGAAGUUGGAGGACCCAUUUCCAAGUCAGCAUGCGGAGUCAGCGGCUCAGAUUGGAUUAGUGCAUUGACUGUGGAAGCUGUUCAAAAAAGUUGAGGGAGAAAUUUGUUGGGGGUGUUUGGUGUGUGGCUGAAAUGAGGUUACUGUUUGUUGAUAUUACCAGUUUUCAGGCAUGGCUGUAUAUUUUUCUCAGCAGUACCUGAUAUGUGGCUGUUACUGUGUCUCUUUGCUUGGUUA